AUGUCGGAUGCCGCCUCGCACUGGCAUCCGCUGGUGAUCAGUGCCGCAUUCAACCACGUGGCCAAGACGGGCUACUGGGGCGCACCCGGCAGCGCCUUUGUGCCCGAGCUGCUGAAGCGCCUGAGGAGGGACAGGUACGGGCUACUUUACAAGUUCAACGGCCAAGAUCACGCCAACCUGUGGUGGGCGCUAUCGCAACGUGAACUUUGCCAUCACCAACCCCAACACCAACAGCUGCACCAACACCAGCACCAACACCAACAGCUACAGCAGCAGCAAUCGCCUCCUUCUCCUGCUGCUCCCCUGGAAGCGGUUGGGGACAUCUUGCACACGUCCGCCGCCCUCCUGAAGGAGAGCUGCCCCUACGUGAACACGGGGAGGGGGCUCCAACAGCCGCCACAGCAGCCGGAGAAGAAGGAGGGGGAGAGGAACUGGAACCCGCACACGCACCAGCUUGUUGCCGGCUCGUUGCGGCCGCAGGUGUUCAGCAACAUCAUCCUCGCGGCUUCCCGUCUGAACUACCGUCACGAUGUCGAGCUCAUCGAUGGUUUGCUUAGCUGCAUGGUGCAGCAUGUGGGGCCACUCCAGGCACAGCAGCAGCAGCCGCCACAGCCUCCUCCUCCCAGAAUCCGAGGAGAUCCCGGUACAGCAUUGGAUCCGGAUUCUGAUUCGAUCACGUGGUUCGCGGUUAAACUGGCGUGUCACGUGCGUGAGCGGAUCCAGGGAGGGUCGUGGCCGGGGUGUGCACCUCAGUCCCUGAGCAACAUCACGUGGGCCCUGGCCGUACUUGGGUACGACGAACAGUCGUGCUACACUGCGGUCGUACAGGCUGCGCUUCGGUGCGACUGCAUGGCGCACGCCCGCCCUCAGGAGUGGUCAGCCCUGUUGUGGUCCCUAGCUAGCGUCAGGCAUAGGCCGUUCCAAGAGCUCGUACAGCUCCUCCUCCCGCCGCCUCCGCCUGCCGUCAACCCUUCGCUGCGGCUGCUCCACCAAGAUGAACGCGAAGACCAAGAUCAAGAUCAAGGCCGUGCGGAAAAGGGAUAUCGUAGAGGAGGGGGAAGCCGCAUGUACGGCGUGCCUGGCAGGGCGGACGGACCUUAUCCCCUUGAUCGCGACCGCAUGUACGGCACGUACGUCAGAUCGAAGGGUCGUCACCCCGGCGAGGAUGGCUGGGGACGGGAGCACUGGCGAGAGCUCAGCAUGGUCUUUUGGGCGUUGGCAGCGCUGGACCUGUACGACGAUCGGGUGAUGACGUGGAUCUCGAAAUCUCUUUUGGAUCUCGUCCUGUUGGACGAUCGACGUACGGUGACGAAGUACGGCGUGGAAACAAUCUCAGGAAUGGAUCCCCAGGCGCUGAGCAGCUGCUUGUGGGCGCUGGCUGUGAUGCCGGAAGGUACAAUCGUACGGCAUGUGGAGCUGGUUUCGGCGCUGGUAGCGACGGUUAACCGCCUGGACGAGAUCGACUUUACCGAGCUCGAGCUGACCCAGCUGUGGCAGGCGCAACACGUAAAGCCAUGCUGUCUGCCACCUCCUCCUCCUCUGCCGGCUGCCCCUCGGCCCCCCCUGGCCCCUCCGCACAACCGAGGAGUAGCAGCCUGCAGCAGUACCGGUAGCAGUACCAUUACCAGUGCGCUGCAGCGAAGCGUUUGUGAAACUCUUUGCGCCAUCAUGAGGCGGAGUACGGCGAAAGCGGUGGAAGCCAAGGAAAUGCAGUCGUUGCCACAGCAGCACCGACAGCCAUCACAGCGGGGCCGGCAGCGGCAACGGCAGCAACCACCGUCGACGGCGGCCUCUGACGUCGAAGAUGGCGGUCCUGCCGUCCGCGCGGUUGCCGCCGAUGAUGACGUUGUUGUUCGCAUCUUGCGUGUUGAGCCCGAGUGGUUGGUGGAGGAGCUGGCUCUGCGUGUCGACUUGUGUGUGUGGCUGAGUGACGGGCGGCAGGUGGUGGUUGAGGUAGACGGGCCCAGCCACUACUUCGCCAACCAGCCGCGCACCCGACGGCCCAAGACCGCGCUGAGGGAUCGGCAGCUGGGCAGGGUGUUCGGACCGGACAACGUCAAGUGCGUGCCGUACUGGGAGUGGGACGAGCUGAGGUAUGCGGACGUCGAUGUGGCGGCGCGACGGGAGGAGCUCCUAGGCCGGCUGCUUGAGCUGUGGGGCAACGGUUCGCAAUAG